AUGGCUAACGUCAUUGAAGUGGUCGUUACCCUUACACCGGUUUAUUCGCCGGACACGCUCCCGUUUCGAUCUCUCACGUUCCUAUCGAAUAACGAUACCGUGCCUGUCGGUCGAGCGUCGAAAUCAGAGAACAAGAAUCUGGUUCCUUGUCAUGAUAAUGCCUGGUUUGAUUCGCGUGUCAUGUCUCGCGAGCAUGCUGUGAUCGGUGUCAAGAUGGAGGACAAGUCGGUUUACAUUCGUGACCACGGUUCUCUACAUGGGACACAACUCAACGACGUCAAGAUUACGCCAAAGCAGAACACUACUGUCAAGAACGGGGAUGUUUUGACCUUUGGUAGUGAGAUUUCUCGCGGAGCCCAGACCUUCCGACCUAUUGCCGUUCGUCUCGAUUGUCAGUGGCACGAAAAGCGCACCGUGCCAGCCAUGAGGCUGACCGCUAAUACUUUCUCCGUCCCUGAUGAAGAUGACGACGUAAUCGAAGUCGUCGAUUACAAGACACUCUCAGUCCAGCAAAAGUCCUCUCCAUGGUCUGAGUCGUCCGACAUGGAAUAUGGCAGCGACUUGAGCCGUCCUCUCGAUUUGACUUCUCCGGUAACUUCACCUGAGAUCAAGGUCUCUCAGUUGCCCACAAAGCCGCUGAACGAUGCAACCGUCGCCACCAUUCAACAGACUACAACGACCACUAGUGAAGCUGUGAUCCCUCCAUCCAGCCCACCUUACCAUGCAGCCUCUCCUGAGAUGUCAGAGCACGAAAACCACUCUGAGUCCGAAGAGGAGGAAGGUGUUAGCGAAUCUGAGGACUCUGCAGGUGAAGAACAGAACGGCAUGUUCGAUGAGGAUUCCGAGGAUAGUGAGGAUGAUCAUUAUGAAGGCAGUGAUUGGGGCGAAGAGGCAGCUCCUGACGCUCAAGCACCUUCUUUCUCUGUUUUCGAGGGUGAUAUGGCUCSCCCMACGGGAGGCUUCAAGAUCGGCAACGAAGUCGAAACUUCUACCCGUUAUGAGAACCAAGCCUUCUCACAAGUACUCAACCAGCCGACUCUGGCAAGCGAGACUUCAGCCAUGGCUGCUCCAGUGCAGCCUCAUACUAGUGCAGAGUCGUCUCACCAAGGUUUCACAUGGCCAGAAUAUCUAAUCCCACGCGUUCCCAGCCCAUCAGACAAGGCGAUGGCGAAACCGAUGGAUAUUCCAGCUCCAGCAGUAUCCCCUUGUCUGGCUCCAGCAUACCAGUCUUACAAUAACAUUGCACCGGCAAUCCAGGCCUGGGCUAGCCGCAAUCUUGGUUCCACCAGCAGCUUUGCCUCUAACAAUGCCAAUGAGUCGUUCCCAUUCGGACCUCAUAGAUCCUCAGGCGGAUAUCUGCGACACGUCGCAAACGAGAUCUCAAGUGGUUAUCCACUGAAGACUCGUUACUUGGCCGACGAACAGCCAGAAGUCAAAAAGGCUGACAAGGCAGAUGCACCAGCAACUCGCGUCUCGGUUUCGGAUAUUGUUGAAGCCCACACUCAGAACUAUCCUACUUCUAAUAAUCUCAAGCGUAAGGCGAACGAUUUUGAGGCUGAUCUUGAUGACGGUCCUCAAGAUAAUGGCAACACUCAAGACAGCAUUACGGAUGCGCAGCCACGCCCUGAUAUGCAGGAUCUCGAGCUCACUCAAUCACAAAUUCCCGAGACUCAGCCGAUCAAAGAAGUGGCUCCCACCACCGAAGAGCAUCGUCGUAAGCGUGUCAAGUCAAAUCAAGCUUACACCUUCAUGAAGUAUGCAGCUGUUGCUGCCGUUGGCGCCGCUGUUGGUAGCAUCGGCACCAUCGCUGGUCUCUCUUCCCUUCCUGCUGAUUUCUUCAACUAG